AUGGUAAUCCUGUUCGAUUCCGGAGCAUCCAACUCGUUCGUAUCUCCGGGAUUCGUGAAGAAGCUAGGCUUAACCGAAGGCGUGGGAGUAAAGUUAAGUGUCAAGGUGGCAUUCAGAGAUGUUAAAACCUGCGACCGUCUCUUGAAAGAUGUUAAGAUAAUCAUCAGUGGAGAGGAGUUUACCAGUGAUCUAUUUCAGUUCGGCCUGGACGGGGUAUAUGUGGUCCUGGGCAUGAACUGGCUAGGGCAGUUCAGAGCGCAGAUCUUGUGUGGUGAGCAGAAGGUGGUUUUGAGGGGCCCAAACUGGAAGAGAGUGUCGUACCGAGGAUCAACCGAAGAACCGGGAAUCAAGUUAGUGUCCAUGACGAAGAUGAAAAAGUACAUGGAGAAAGGCCACGAUAUCUUCUUGUGCUCAGUCGAAAACCUGAAGGCAAAAGGAGAUGCGACUCAGACCAUACCUGUUGUAUGUGAGUUCCUUAACGUCUUCCUCGAGGAGAUCCCGGGAAUACCUCCUCCGAGAGAAGUUGAAUUCUCAGUGGAUCUUGUACCUGGUACAACGCCUAUAUCUAAAGCUCCCUACCGUUUAGCGCCCAAGGAGAUGAAGGAGUUGAAGACCCAGUUGCAAGAAUUGUUAGACAAAGGUUGUGACACCCCGUAA